AGCAAACGUCCACCAUCGAGGACCUCCCUGUCGAGGAAGCAGAGAGUUGGAAAGGACGGUCGACGGACGAACGAAACGGAAGGUGCGGAGCGUGGCGCGCGUGAGCGUACGAGCCACCCCUGACAGAUUAUAGACGAGAGAGACGGUGGCGUUGUCGAGUCUACUUGGGGCUUGACUCACCCGGUUCUUAGCUGCUCGGCCACACAGCUGGAACCACACAGCAGCCUCCACCACCAGGAAGAAGUGGCUGGCAGGUAUAAAACGCUCCCGAGGCGCAGCUUCCGUGAGUGAACGAUUGUGUCUUUUUUCCAUCGUUGAUCGUUCGUUCACUCGCACGUACGUUCUUCAGGGGUAACACCCACCCUUCGAGGGUAGCCUAUCGGGGGGUUGGGCUCGUAGUCGAGACGAAUCAGUCGCUCGGCCAUAGUGAGCAACGGUAGCCCAAACGUCGUGGUGUUUGUCGUGAGGUCAGUCGUGACGACACGUUGACACGUCGCGCUGUAACAUCCACUCGCCGACUCGUUCUUACGAGAUAGUCAGCUCACGACAGCCGGCUCUGCAGGACAGUGCGCGCGGAAGUGCCCGCAGAAGGACGAUACGUCUGUCUACGUACGAUAACGUCUGUCGGUCGUCUUUCGACACGCUUCGCCGAACGCUCCGACUUCGGGGUGACGCCGCGGUGAUCAGUGACCGUUAUCGAGGCACCCCGGAAGGAUCGCGCUUAAUCCCAGGACGAUCUUAUCGGCCGAUUAGCGUCGGGGUCAUGCGCACGACCCCGUGAGUGCGAUUCGAAGGAUCGAGUUCGCAUCGACGGCGUCGGGAGGAAGAGAGAAAGGCGCAGGAAAAGAAAGAGGAACAGAGAGAGAGAGAGAGAGAGAGAGAGAGAGAGAGAGAGAGAGAGAAAGACGCGGGGUUCCGCGCGAGAUGUUUGUUCAGUGAUAGUUGGUGCGCACGGUGCUCCCGAUCGCGAGGAUAAAGGACGAGAGAGAAAGGAUUUACGAGAACGCGGAGAAGGAGAAGAGGAAGAGGAGGAGGAGGAGGAGAAGGAGGAGGAAGAGGAGGAGAAAGAAGAGGAGGAGGAAGUGGAGGAGGUGGUGGAGGACACUACCGGGUUCGAGACACGCGAGACACACGCCGUAGAAGAUGAGGCUCUUGGUGUUGUUGGCCGCGCUCUCGGUGACGGUGCACGUGUCGCGGGCGGAGAUCACCAGGAACAAGAAUCGCGGCAGGGGAUCCAUGUGGUGGGGUAUAGCUAAAGCCGGCGAGCCCAACAAUUUUCUGCCAAUGUCAUCGGCUGCCCUGCCAAUAGAAUCGUCGUUUUAUGGAACUCUCAGGAGAAAACAGAGGCGAUUGGCUCGUGAAAAUCCGGGGGUACUGAUAGCGGUGGCCAAGGGCGCGAAUCAAGCCAUCGCCGAGUGUCAACAUCAGUUUCGCAAUCGACGGUGGAAUUGCUCGACGACGAAUUUCCUCAGGGGGAAAAAUCUCUUCGGCAAGAUCGUCGACAGGGGAUGCCGAGAGACCGCCUUCAUCUACGCCAUCACGAGCGCGGCUGUGACUCACAGCAUCUCGAGGUCAUGCAGCGAGGGCAGCAUACAGUCGUGUUCCUGCGACUAUACUCACCAAUCAGGCACAUCAUCCGCCAUUAAGGACUGGGAAUGGGGCGGUUGCUCGGACAACAUCGGCUACGGCUUCAAAUUCUCUCGCGAAUUCGUCGAUACCGGCGAGCGCGGUCGGAAUCUCCGCGAGAAGAUGAAUCUGCAUAACAACGAGGCCGGCAGAGCGCACGUGUCCUCGGAGAUGCGGCAGGAGUGCAAGUGCCACGGCAUGUCGGGCUCGUGCACGGUCAAGACUUGCUGGAUGCGGCUGCCGAAUUUCCGGGUGGUCGGUGACAACUUGAAGGACCGUUUCGACGGCGCCUCUCGGGUGAUGCUCAGCAACUCGGACCGUACGCGCGGCAACGGCAACAGCAACACCAUCACCAGCAACUCCGCCAGCAACUCGGUGCACGGUCACCGCGAGGGUCCGCCUCGCCGGCACCGCUACAACUUCCAGCUGAAGCCGUUCAACCCGGAGCACAAGCCGCCCGGGCCGAAGGACCUGGUCUAUGUGGAGCCGUCGCCGGCGUUCUGCGAGAAGAACCCGAAGCUCGGCAUCUUGGGCACUCACGGCCGGGUCUGCAACGACACCAGCAUCGGCGUCGACGGCUGCGACCUCAUGUGCUGCGGCAGGGGCUACAAGACGCAGGAGUUGACGGUGAUCGAGAGGUGCGCGUGCACCUUCCACUGGUGCUGCGAGGUCAAGUGCCAAGUGUGCAGGACGAGAAAGAUAGUACACACAUGCCUGUAGAGGAGGAGCCCAGGCUCGCUUGGUCUCGCGAGUGACGCAGGAGUUGCGCAGGUGACGUGAGCUUUUACGGCAGAAACUGGGCUCGCUUGCGAGCUCUUGUGCUUUCGGCGAGACGUUACAAUCUCGCCGAAACGAAAGUGUAGCGAAACGGAACGGGCUCGAGGAACAACUCCACGUAAGGACAAGACUACGUUUCCGUUUCAGAAUCGAAAUGCCCCGGCGGUCUCCUUUUCGCUGACGCGCGAACGACCGAUCGGCGGUCUCGACCGACGCGAGAGGAUCUUCUAUCGCGCGACUCGCCGGACGGGGCCGAGAAGUCGUCCCGGCGACCCGCGCGUGGCCUCUCCUCGUCUCUCCAGUAUUACGCGAAACGAACGAAGGCGAGAGAGAAAUCACGUAUAUUUAUUAAUACGUCACGUCGCGCACGUACUAAAGACUGAGACGGUGGGAGAAGCGUUCGCGCGAUCGUGUAGUGUUCUAAGGCUUUUUUUUUUUUAAGGCAGACUGGAAGAUCGGGCGCGUGGAAGCGAUGUAAAUACGAGCGACUCGCGGACGAGAGUCCGUCGCCGACGAGGACUCGACCGUGUGGCCCGUUCAUGUCGGUCUGUGAAGUCGACCCGACGCAGCUGUGUCGCACGCACGUGUAACACAGGAGAAUCAUUUGAGGCUACUACAUUGUGUGUGUGUGCGUGCGUGCGUGCGUGCGUGCGUGCGUGU